GAUCUUUGUAGUACCACAGUUUACAGCAAAUACAGUCGUUUGCAUCAUGCAGCGCAGUAUCUAUCACGAAAGAUACCAGGCAUGUCUGCAGUGAAUCGCUCGACCAGAAGCAUGUUUUCUAGUCUCAAAAGUGUUGUACAAUUUUUCCUGCGUCACAUAUUUGUGGAUGAAGGUAUAUUUCCGCGUCGCGCCCAUCGUUUCACAGCCAUCUAUAGUCGUGAUAAGGAAUAUUUAUUCGACAUCCAUCAUCGUUGCUUCUUCACCAAUGCAGUGCGUUCACGUAUAGUUCAGUUCAUAUUGGAUCGCCAAUACUUCGAGGAGCGCAGCAAGGAUCCGCGUGCAUUUGGCAUUGAUCGUUUAGUGGAAUCAAAUAUUUAUUGCGCAGCUUAUCCGUUGCACGAUGGCGAAAUCACAGAGAAGGGUACUAUGCGUGAGGCACUGUACACUCACUGGGCCUCCGUCAACAAAUGGUAUCGCUAUCAGCCGCUCGACUAUGUCAAAGAGUACUUUGGCGUAAAAAUUGGUUUGUACUUUGCUUGGUUGGGCUACUACACUUACAUGCUGCUGCUUGCCUCGCUGAUUGGUGUCAUCUGCUUUGUAUACUCAUUGAUAACUUUAAAAGAUUAUGUGCCAGUCCAAGAUGUUUGUGCCAACGAACGUACUAAAAAUCUUACCAUGUGUCCUCUAUGUGAUUGGUGCAAUUUUUGGUACCUCAAGGAGACAUGUUUUUAUGCCAAAAUUACCUACCUCUUUGAUAAUCCUAGUACUGUGUUCUUUGCCGUCUUUAUGUCCUUUUGGGCUACACUCUUUUUGGAGUUAUGGAAACGUUAUUCUGCUGAGAUAACGCAUCGCUGGGAUUUAACUGGCUUCGAUGUACACGAAGAGCAUCCACGUCCCGAGUACUUGACACGUUUGGAACAGUUAAAAAAUACGCGCACGCGCGUCGACUAUGUAACGAAUAUUAAAGAACCCACAGUGCCAUUUUGGCGCAUGAAAUUUCCUGCCACCAUUUUUAGUGUUUCAGUUGUAUUUCUAUUGAUAUUUUUGGCUUUUGUGGCGCUUGUAGCGGUAGUUGUAUACCGCAUGUCUAUGCUGGCGACGCUUAAACUGGGUUCUAGUACAAUGACUACAUCGAGCGCAAUUAUGUUGGCUACAGCGUCAGCGGCUUUCGUCAACUUGUGUCUGCUCUAUGUGUUGAACUACAUGUAUACACAACUCGCUGAGUACCUGACUGAAUUGGAAAUGUGGCGCACGCAAAUCGAUGACUCACUGACACUAAAGAUUUAUCUGUUACAGUUUGUCAACUAUUAUGCUUCCAUAUUUUAUAUAGCGUUUUUCAAGGGAAAAUUUGUGGGACAUCCAGGACAAUAUAACAAAAUAUUUGACUAUCGACAGGAAGAGUGCUCUUCAGGCGGCUGUUUGACUGAACUCUGCAUUCAGCUGGCAAUCAUUAUGAUUGGCAAACAAACCUUUAACUCCAUACUGGAAGUGAUAAUGCCAAAGAUAUGGCGCAAAAUUAUGGCCAUACAAGUGGGUCUCUCACGACUGUUUAGCAGCACGACUCAUGAUGUGAAUAAGGAAAAAGUGGAGCGCUAUUUGCGUGAUUUGAAAUUACUGGACUGGGGUCCGCGCAGCUUGUUUCCGGAGUACUUGGAAAUGGUGCUACAGUAUGGCUUUGUUACCUUGUUCGUAGCCGCCUUCCCCUUGGCACCGUUUUUUGCUUUACUCAAUAACAUUUUCGAAAUGCGUUUAGAUGCGAAAAAGUUGCUGGCAAACUAUAGGCGCCCAGUUUCACAGCGUGUGCGUGAUAUUGGCGUUUGGUAUCGCAUCUUGGACANCAGCUAUGCAGACUAUCGUGAACCACCUACCUCAGAUCGUAAAUAUAAUUUAACUAGUAUGUUUUAUAUUAUACUCGCUUGUCGACUUGCGUUCGUUGUUGUAUUUGAGGUGAGUUCAGUAGCAGUAGGUUUAAAAGAGCCAAAAAAGGAUUUUUAAUCAUUUAUAAGUGAGAAUAAAAGUUUGUGUGUUAUACUGGGUUUGAGAAAAAGGUACUAACUCCAUUUUUAGAAAUUUUAAAGUAGAGGAAAAAAACUUCUUAUAGUCAUUUUCUUCAAGUAUUUGGAAAUACUUUUGAAGGCAACAUUUUGAGUGUUUAAAACAAUGAGAAUUUUGUGUGCUUCUUUUGGACUUAGCAAAUAAAACAAGUAGCCUUUCACUCUAAGAUGGCGAUGUACAUACCUAGUUGUGCAUUUAUGCCAGCCAAAAAUUCCUUACUAAAGUAAUCUUCAAACAUUAUCACUUCCAUCUGCUCCUAAAUGUGGUAUCUAACCUGACAAGUUUUUUCUCCUCACUUUACGUUAACUUUAUUUGCAUUGACUUUAUCUCAUAAUACCACUUUUAU